AUGCAUCCUCUGCAGCAGGAGGAUCUUCAUUGCCAGGACGAGACCUCGACUGGCCUGGCUGCAGAGAUCUUCUAUGGCCAGUUUACGGCUUUCCAGCUUUCUUUCCUUUUGAGCGCUUAUGAAUUCGUGACCAUUAUUCCUGUCUUGAAAAGCGGGUCUCGAAGCUUUCAUGUAGAAUAUGCCAGAAAAUUGUUGCUCCGCUACCCCCCUUUAAUAAUUCUUCUCCCGAAAGAACUCGGGGAGUUUCUCAGGUUGUGGUGCUAUCCCCGAACACGAGUAUAUAACGAAUUUACCGUUGAAAGAUCAUUGCGGCGAAGACGACUAGCACUAGAUAUAUUCAGCAUAUUUUUGAUUACACACUUUUCACAUUACAUACAUAUAGUUUAA